AGGCAAAAGUUAAUAAAAAAAUUAUCUCCUUAAUCCAUCUCCCUAUCCUCUCAAUUCUUGACCUGAAUCCCUCUAAAGGCUUAGGCUGAUUCUCUUAUGACGGCUCUGAUCUAGGGUUCUAUCGGUUGGGUUGGGAAAUUGGGAAUUCAGGAAUUUGGGUAUAGAAUUGGGGAUUGAGAUUGAGAAUGAUACCAGGCGAGGAGCGAUGACGGCUCCCGAAGCGAUGACGACCGCGGAAGGAGCAUAGUCGUGGGCGAGAAUGGGAGUGGCCUGGCUUGCGCGCCGUCGGAGGGAUUGUCGGCCGCCAAGGAAAGAGAGGGAGAAGAAGUAUCCGCAGGAGGAAGCACUGGGAAUGAGGCAGGAGGUGGAGUGGCGCUGUCUGUGUAGUAGUCCGACGCCGAUGGUGGAGACGAAAACCAGGGAGGCAGAUCCGGAAAGCGGUGUUGUUCUCCUCGAAGCGACGGCGGACUGGAAGUUGAAAUUGAAGGCGAUGGCGGAGCGAGGCUCGCCUCGCCGCUGUUGGAUGAGCUGUCGGCAGCCGGAAAUGGAGAAGGAAGAUGGAGGCGGUGCGUUUCCUCGCGCACCGUUAGAGAAGAUGAAAUCGUCGGCGAAGGUAGGCGGCGCGACGAGGAAGAAGAAGAUGGAGGAGGGUGGCGGCUGGUUUCCUCGUUGCACAAACCCUAGGUCGCUCACAUGGGGUCGAGUUGGGCUGAGGAUGAUUCAACCGGGCCAAGCAAUGCGGGCCGAGUGGCCUGUGGGAAUAACUCUCAUGUCAAAGAAGAAAAGAAGUGGUGGGCCGGAUCUGGUGGAAAAGUUGGGCAGCCUAGGGCUAUGGCAAGGCCCGAACGCAGAAGAGGCAGUGGGCUUCACCAUUAGCUGUGAGCCUCAUUUUUUUUUGGAGCAUUGGGCCACCAUUAAUUGAGACGAUCAGAACAAUUUUAUGGGUGGACUGGGAGGAAAAUGACGAUGGUUUUGCUAGCUUAUUUGGUGGACUGAGCAUGCCAAGAAUUAAACAAGUUUUGGCAGCCCAUGGACCAAUACUUGGGCCAUUUAUGAGUUGUCUUACAUGGACCAUUUAUGAUUUUCCUUAAAUUAUUCGAGUUUGAAGUCAACAAUAGAGGAGCCAUUGAAGUUUCAGAGUGUCAACGAAGCAAAGAGUGGGCCCCUGAGAAUGAAAUUCGAAGAGUUGG